AUGGCGACCAAUGAGUCGUGGGUUUCCUAUCAAUUCACCACUACAAACGGCUUGUCAAGGUCUGCGGAACCAGCUUCGUCGAUUCUAGCAGCUCAACUUGCGCCGCACCUGGUGUCUCAAGGAAAUAGUGCCCAUGGUUACUUGAAUAGGGAAACCUUCUCUCAGCUGCGUCAAGAGCUGGUUGAUGGAAAAUGUAGCCAGCUGCGUCUAGAUGACAGCAUCGCAGAUGCUAGCAAACUGAUUUGCAUCGUGCUGCAAGCAGGCAUCGAGCCUUGUGUCAAGGGCGAUAGGUCCCGCCAGGAAGAUUUUGAAGGCCAGAUACUAGACUGCCUGGAUAUCAUUCAGUCAAUUCUUGAAAAGUCACCGCAAGUUUUGGGCGAAAUAUGUGACCCAACCAUUCUGGGAGAGAAUGCGAGCGUACCUCUGUAUGCGUGGCUAACAUUGCGAUUGCUGAACCUGCUCAGCUGGGAGGCGAAUAACAUAGGAAAGAGAAUAGCCUGCAUAUUCUCCAGCAUCAACCGUCCUCAUUAUAAGCAUAUAACGUUAUUGCCCUCCUGCUAUUCCGCUCUAGCACUCCUUCGAGCGUGCACGAAUGAAAUCUUCCUUUCGCUCGAGAGUCAUCAUAACUUAUUGAGACAGCAUAUGUCAGAGGCUAGACUAUCGAUACCGGCAGUGAAGAGUGCAGUCUUCCUGACCCUGGACAAUCUCAAUCUUCCUCGAGCUCUUUUGAGUAAGAAGAUUGCUCUCGGAACAUUUCCCCAGACACUUACACUUGCUCUUCGAUUACUGGACUCCUUUGUCCCAAAAAGAGCAUGUCAUAGUCGCACGAGCAUCAAAGAUUCUACCUUUCACCAAGACCUGGCUUGGAUCAUAAAUGGAAUUGAACGUCUAUGGAGAAUUACCCAUAGAUGGGUGCGCACCUCGAUAGAUGAUAUUGAGAUCAAGUCACGCAUUUGUAUGCAAUUUACGUCCAGUCUACAUAUCUUUCGCUCACUUGAACCUGAUAUUUCCGGUCUCUUAUCGCCACGAUCCGGUCUGGCACGUCCCUGGGUUCAGAUCUGUAGCGAGUUAGUCACCUUGAGCCUGAUUCAGAUGCCUCAUCUUCAGGCGGAAUUGGGCCGGCUUCUUGACGGGUUGAUCGACGCGUCUCAACAUCGUUUACAAGUAGUAACUCAAUUGAGAGCCGCUCUUUUGCCAACAAUGAUUGAGUUCAAGAGUAAGGGCACCAUUCAGUCGUUUGAGCCGGGUCUUCAGGCUGUGUUGCAAACAUUAAUGGGACCCAUAUCUGGAGAUGAAAGUAGGAGUCUCGUCGAUUUGCAAGAGCCAAAUACUGCUGGUCAAACGGGUCAACAAGAUGAAGUGGUUCAGCAUGCUAUACUCCAUGGCAUUUCGCGGCCACAAGAAUGCUCCGCCCGCCUUGACACAGCCCAUAAACUUAUUAGCGAGACUUUUGAGCUAUUGGGCUGCGAGGAAUCCGUAAAUGUUGGAUACCUCAGUCGCGCUAUCUCGGAGUCGUUCGUGGAUCUCCCCGAACAAAAGAAAUCAGACCUUUUGUAUAUGCUUGGCAGGAUCGCAUGUGCGAUGGCUGGAAGCCUUUCAAGCCCGAGUAAGGCUGCUCCGGAAAGCUCACUAUCUUGCAGUGUGUGUGAAAUUGAGAAAAGAGCGCUUGGCCAUGAGCCCGCUUCGAAGUGCCAUGACGUUCAUGAGCUAUGUGAGAUCUUCGCCUUCAUUCUACCUAGACUCACACGCGCUUCUCGUCUCAGAGUAACAGCAAUGAACGCGUUGCGAAGGCUAUUGAUCCAUGCUCCUCCUGAGUCUUCUUACCUGCAGCUGAAAUCCUCUGUUUUCGGCGACUUCUGUUUGCACUCACUUCGAAGUUCGAUUAGAGAGCUGAGGAUAGUCACUGGGCAUUUGGUGAUCUCUUUUGUUCGAAAGGAUAUCAACGCUGAAACUCGUCGAAGCAACUUUGUCGUGAUACUAGAAUGGCUGCGGAGCCUCUCUGAGAAGCAAGACCUCCCGUUGCAUGAGACUUGCAUUUUGACCUUGUGCCAUAUUGCAGAGGUUUCCGACGAUGAAGAGAUGAAUAUCAUUCUUCUUCGUCUACUGGAGUACUUGGGCCAUCCAAAUCCAUUCAUUUGCGCAGUAGCGUACACUGAGCUUUCUAAACUUGCUCAGCAUCUCUCUGUGACUCCUGCUGGUUUGUUCCGGCCUUUCUGGAGGACACUGUCGAUAACGGUGGUGAAGAAUUUCCAGUCCCGUCCUCACAUGGCCGAGCAACUCUGUGAUCUGCUGGGAAUGAAUGUAGAUGAUCUUUUAAGAUUAACUGAAGUUCACAUCCUGCCGUAUCUAGUUCUCACUCGAAAACGAGACGUCAUCACGAGGGUUGGUGCAGCCUACAAGGAUGUCAAAACGCCUUUCGACAUUUGCUCCGAGAAGAACAACCUUGCAGCGAUCCUUGCUUUUUUGAUGAGUCAACCAUGGUCGGACCCGGAAGGUAUGAUCAUGUCUGCCUUGGUGACUCAGGGAGUGAGAAAGGCGCACGGGCAUUUUCAUCGAGCUCUCCAUCUUUUGGCGGCCUUAGUUCCCCGCAAAUCUACUGCUACAUCGAAGAAGGCCAAUUUGCUUUGCCAUUUCAUCGAGGAGCAUGUUCUGGGUAUAAUCACGCAGUUCGCGCACGCAAUCAACGACUUUCAAAUAAGACAGCCUCUAAUUGAAAAGAGGCGAAAUAUCUUGGCCAUUGGUGAGAUGAUCAAAGUGGCCCGUGGCCAUAUCAGCAGCGCAUUACCGCAGAUAUGUGCGUGCCUGCGUUCCGCACUUAGCAUCGAAGAGCUCAGUGAUCAUGCCUUUUCAGCUUGGAGCGUGUUGGUCAGCUCUCUGCACGAAGAAGAGCUCGAGCCACUCAUUGAUCAAACAUUCUCAAUUGUGAUCAGAUACUGGGACGCUUUUAACGAUCAGAGCAAGAAGACUGCCCAGGAACUUGUUGGAUAUAUUCUCAGAAGCCACAAUGAACUUAUGCAAACCAAUUUCAGCACCAUCCCCUCAUUGGCUUCAAUUCCUGCAUUAUCUGCGCUUGAAAGUGAGAUCAGUAAGAUGAAAGGGAAGAUGGAUGUUCGAAGUCAACUUUCGGCUUUUGGACGUCGCUGCCAAAGUGAGAAUGCCGCUGUUGUUGAACAGGCGUUGAGAGAGUUGUUGCCCUGCCUUUCAAGGCAUGAAGAAUUCUUGCAUGAGUCCGUACUAAGUGAACAGCCUGACCCAGUUGUUGCACAGUUAACAAGGUCCUUGCUGGAUUGCUGCGUCAAGUUCAACGCAGGUUGCGACAGCAUAACACUUCUUUCGGCUCAAUGUCUGGGCCUUGUAGGCUGUCUGGAUCCAAAUCGAGUUGAUCCGGUCAAAGAUAAAAAGGAUAUUCUCGUUUUAUCAAACUUCGACAGAAUGGAAGAGACCUUUGAUUUCGUACUUUUUUUCCUUCAACAUGUGCUGGUUCAAGCCUUUCUGUCGGCCUCCAAUACGAGGGCCCAAGGUUUUCUUGCCUACGCUAUGCAGAACCUGCUCAGACUUUGCAACCUCGAUUCGGCCGUCACCCAGCGCUCCCGAGACAUUCAAGCGGAUGAAAAGUAUCGCCGUUGGUCAGAAUUACCUGAGACUGUGCGCAAUACUUUGACCCCUUUUCUCACGUCUAAGUAUACGGUCACAGUCGGUGCCAUAAGAUCGCAUUGCAAGUUCCCGAUAUUUUCCACAGAGCUGACACAUGGCGACUGGCUGCGAAGUUUUGUGCAGGAUCUGCUGCAAAGAGGAAGCGGUGACAACGCGCAGCUUAUUUUUAGCGUUUGCAGUCGUAUUGUCAAGGGUCAAGACAUUUCAAUCGCCAGCUUUCUUCUACCAUUCGCCGUACUAAAUCGUAUAGUUGGUGGAACCCAGGAGGAGAGGCUGGACCUGCAAAGUGAGCUCACAACCAUACUCUCCCAUCCACUUCCUGAAGCAAGUAAUCGGAUUCACGAAGCCAUCAUACUAUGCAGGCAGAGCGUCUUUGAAGUUUUGGACUACCUUUCAAGGUGGCUACAGGGGAAAAAGAAGCUUCUCAACGGCCUCAAGAAUCAUGCAUCUCAUACUAGCCGUUCUCACAAGGAUUCUCAUCGAGAUUCAUUAUCCGAAACAUAUUCGUCUCAGGUCAAAGCUGUGGAAACCUUCUUGACCUCAAUACCUCCAGAAGUCAUUUCGAAAAGAGCGGUCGAAUGCAAAUCAUUUUCCAGGGCCUUAUUCCAUUGGGAACAGUAUAUCCGCCGGUUCAAAAGUCAAUCCGACAAGGACGACCACACAGGCACUGAGCUUCUCUACCAACAUCUCCAAGUGAUUUACAGUCAAAUUGACGAGCCCGACGGUAUUGAGGGUAUUUCGACUCAUUUGCACAUGCUGAAUAUUGACCAACAGGUCCUCGAACACCGCAAAGCCGGCAGAUGGGUUACUGCGCAAAGUUGGUACGAACUGCAAGUCGAAAAAGAACCCGACAACGUUGAUGCACAGUGGAAUCUUCUUACGUGUCUUCGAGAGUCAGGGCAACAAGAUGCCAUUAUUGCUAGAGUUGACACGCUCAACUCAGCAGGCUCAACGUCGAGAUUUCUUCCCUUUGCUGUGGAAGCGUCCUGGAUCACUGGAAAUUGGGAUAAGCUUCGCAGUUACCUCCAGAUGCGCUCACCGGAAAAUGCUGGAGACUUCAAUAUCGGGGUCGGAUCGGCUCUUUGUGCGCUUCGACUUGGAAACAAGGCUGAAUUCCGUAACAUCAUUCAUGAUCUGCAGCUCAGUGUCGCCAGAUCGCUGACUGUGAACUCGGUUACUUCCCUACAAUCUUGCCAUGACAGCAUUCUCAAGCUGCAUGCCUUGACUGAAAUGGAACUUAUUUCCGACUGUGAGAGCAGCGAAAACAGCUCGCUCACUUGUAUACAUGAUGUACUAAAUCGGCGGCUUGACGUCCUUGGGGGAUACAUAGCUGAUAAGCAGUACCUGCUUGGAUUGAGAAGGGCCACAAUGGAAUUGACGCAUGGUUUCAUGGAGUCUGAUAUCGCUGGUUCCUGGCUUACUAGUGCACGUCUGUCGCGAAAGGGCAAUUACACCAAUCAGGCGUAUCACUCAAUGCUUCGUGCAGCUUGCUUGAAAGAUAGGUCAGCUACUAUUGAACACGCCCGUCUACUUUGGAAAGAUGGUCACCAUCGAAAAGCCAUACAAACGUUAGAGGGUGCAAUAGCUGCAGAUGAAUUUGCCUCAGACACGUCCUCAUCUGGUGGCUUGAAAAGCGAAAAGCAACAGAGCUUAAUUGCUGCUAGGGCCCAUCUGUUACUAGCGAAAUGGACGGACCGAGCGGGACAGACCCAAUCCGACGUGAUCGUACAGAGGUACCGAGAAGCGAUCAAACUUCACUCAAGGUGGGAAAAGGCGCAUUACUACCUGGGCAAACAUUACGACAAGAUCCUGGAGUCUGAGAAGGCCAAACCCUUAGGAAAAGAGGCUCAGAUAUACUUAAGCGGCGAAGCCUCAAAACUUGUCAUUGAUAACUAUCUUCGCUCGUUGGCGCACGGGAACAAAUACGUCUUCCAGUCACUGCCCAGAAUUUUAACUCUUUGGUUAGAGCAUGCUGCCACGGUUGAUAAACCUUUCGACCCGAAAAGGGGUGAUAAUGAAGAGUUCCAGACGCACACAUUGAAUCAACGGAAAAAAGUCCUUGAGGAUGUGCACUCACAGCUAAAAAAAUAUCUGAACCGAAUGCCCGCGGCACUGGUCAUGGUCGCUCGGAUAUGCCAUCCCCAUGCCACGGUUUACGAGCUCUUAACCAGGAUUGUAGCGAAAGUAGUCAAUGCUUUUCCCCAGCAAGGGCUAUGGACAGUCCUUGCAGUUGUCAAGUCCUCCUCCAAGGAUCGAGCUUCUAGGGGCAUCAAUUGUCUUCAUAAAAUCACUGAGGCAAACAAAAAGUCCAGAACAGAAUUACCCUUGGACAUGCGGGGGAUGAUCAAUCAAGGACAGAAAUUCUCAGAGGAGAUGCUCAAACUAUGCACGGCACGAAUUGAGGAGAAGGCGUCAAGGAUCCAUCUUGCCCGACAUCUUGGGUUCAGCCACAAAGUUGCCCCUUGUCGACUUGUUGUGCCAUUCCAGGCGAUGUUGACUCCAAGUCUUCCGGCCAGCCAUGAGACCGAAUAUUUGAAGGGAUUCAGGGCUUUCCCCAGAGACCCCACGACCAUUGAUGCCGUACUUGACGAUGCACAAGUUCUGAGCUCACUGCAGAAACCCCGGAAAAUCAGCAUUCGAGGCUCCGAUGGGAAAAUAUACAACGUCCUUUGCAAACCUAAAGAUGAUCUGCGCAAGGACCAGCGUCUGAUGGAAUUUAAUAACACGAUUAAUCGCUUUUUAAAAAGGGAUGUGGAGUCCAGCAAACGGCGCAUGUAUAUCAAAACUUACGCCGUCACCCCCCUCAAUGAGGAAUGUGGUCUAAUCGAGUGGGUUGACAAUCUGAGAACAUUGAGAGAGAUCAUUAUCAAACUCCUCAAAGAGAGAGGUAUCAUGCCGAACUAUAACGAAAUCAGACACUAUCUUAACGAAGCAUGCUCAGAGGCCUCAAAACUUCACUUGUUCACAACAAAAGUUCUGAUGAAAUUCCCCCCAGUUUUGCACGAGUGGUUUGUAGAAAUGUUCCCAGAGACGGGGGCAUGGUUUGCAGCACGGCUCCGUUAUACCAGGUCCUGUGCAAUUAUGUCAAUGGUCGGAUACGCCCUGGGAUUGGGAGACCGGCAUGGCGAAAAUAUCCUAUUUGAGGAAGGCACAGGUGGUGUUAUACAUGUUGAUUUCAAUUGCCUUUUUGAUAAGGUAAGCAUUGCUCAACUCUUGUUCGCAGGACCGUUCAGAAGGACAUGUGAAAUCAGCCUUCGCCUUCUGCGACAGAACGAGGAUGCACUUAUGACCGUACUGGAGACUUUCUUACACGAUCCAACCACAGAUUUCAUCGGAAGAAAGCGUCGCACCCAUGCAAGUGUUCCAGAGACCCCCGCUGGGGUGCUCGAGAAUGUUCGCAAUAAACUCCGAGGCCUUUUGCCCGGAGAGUCAGUUCCUUUAUCAGUGGAUGGCCAUGUUGAUGAACUAAUCACACGAGCAACAGACAAGAGAAACCUAGCGGCCAUGUAUAUCGGCUGGUGUGCUUUUUUCUGA